UGUGAGUGACACGAGCUGAGUGGGGUGGAGGGAAAUGUGGGUGAGUUGCAUUUUGAGAUGUGGGUUGCUCUUUGUCACUCUGUCUCUUGCCAUUGCUAAGCACAAGCAAUCAUCCUUUGCCGAAAGGUGUUACCCAAGGGGAACCCUGUCCCAAGCUGUCGAUACUCUCUAUGUCAAGGCAGCAAGCCUCAGAGCAACAAUUCCAGAAGAUCGCAUAAAAAAUAUACGAUUAUUAAAAAAGAAAACAAAAAAGCUAUUUAUGAAAAACUGCAGAUUCCAGGAACAACUUCUGUCCUUCUUCAUGGAAGAUGUUUUUGGUCAACUCCAAUUACAAGUUUGCAAGGAAAUGCACUUUGUGGAAGACUUUCAUAGCCUCAGGCAGAAAUUGAGCCGCUGUAUUUCCUGUGCUUCAUCAGCUAGAGAGAUGAAAUCCAUUACUAGGAUGAAAAGAACAUUUUAUGAGAUUGGGAAGAAAGGAAUCUACAAAGCCAUAAGUGAACUGGAUAUUCUUCUUUCCUGGAUUAAACAAUUCUUGGAAAGUAUUAAGUAAUUCAAGCAGCCAAGUGGAUUGAUUUGAUUAUUAUUUUGAAAUAUAAUAAGCACAGCCAGAGAUCAAUUUACAGCAGUGUAUUUCCUUUUAAGUAUUUUGUACGUCGUACUAACAGCAAGUUAUGACUAGGGGAAUUCAAUGCAAUAGCAUUUUGGAGAUAAGUUUAUUAUCUUAUCUUAUUAAUUAUUAUUAAUAUGCACAUUUUCUGUAUUUUCAAAGAAUGCUUUCAUCUUGAAUAUGUUUUCUCAUUCCCAAGUGCAUUGUAUGAGUUUAAUCUAAAAGUGUAUAACCAGAAUUAAAUCAUGUAAUAUUUGCUCAAAGAAAAUGACAGAUUUCUGGGAUACAAUACAGUGAGACUUACAUAGAUGCCAUGUGUAUAAUUAUUGUCUACUUAAGGAGUAAGCAUAGCAUAGCGUAGGGCUUGAUGAUAAUUAAUUAUGCCCAGUGUGAACUUAGCCCCUAGCAGAUUUUGAUUUUAAUGAAAUAAGUUGUGUUUCUUUGUCCUGGAUGUCCUUUCUAAGACAGUAUGCUAGAAUUUCAUUCAGUAUAAUGGGUAACUAUCAGAUCAGAUCAGAUGGUUGCACAUGUAAACUAACUGCUUGGAAUGGUUUACUAGACACACUUUUAACAGGUAACUCAAGCUACAUAGACUACAAGGAACUAAUUGGAAAUGAUACUAAAGCUUGAUUAUGUUCCUUCAAGGUGCCAUGUAAUUAAGAAUGUUAUUAAAGGCCAAAUAGAAGUCUGAAUGCAGUUCAGAUUCUACCACAGGAAACUGGCUAUACUAUCUAAAAACCUUACCCAUACAGCCAGCCCUUCAGUUGAAUGAGUCAUACAGCCUGAGUAUUGAUUUGCAUCAAACAAUACUGCUUCAGCAUAGUAAUCAUGGGCAGUUUCAGAGAGCAAUUUGUGUGAUGGCUAAUUCACUUCCACAAAGCAUCCAUUCUGUCUCUGCUGCACACAGACAACUCCAGGACUUGGUGUUUUGUGAUAGGAAUAGACAGGGUGUCUUGAAGGCCUUUUUGGUUUUCAUCCUUGGUAUCUCUUCUCUUGUUUUCCCACCAUCCAGUCUUUUCAAUCACAUAGUCAUUUAUCUAUCCACUGGGGACUCCCUUCUCUUUCAUAUUCCAAAAUUAUCCCUUUGUUUCUUACUCCUUCUCCUUUCUGUCUUCCCCAUCAACGCCCUGUGGCCCUAUGUCUUAUCCCACUGGGGACCUCAUUAUUAGACAGGUCCACAGGCAGGGAAAGGUGUGGUGAGUAGAGGGGUUUGGGGGUGGGGAGCCUGGGGUACUCUGCUUUCAUUUCGUACUGUUGACUUAGGGCUUCCCAGGGCAGGCUUUGAGGCCAUCAGUAAUGAGGCAGCCUUCCUUGUUGAGAAAUAUUUGGAAGAGCUGGCAUCUUGGGGGUCAGGAAUCUUUCCCCUGGCUUUCCCAUGGACCCAAGAGGAAGUGGUGAACCAUCCAUGGCCUCUCGUUGCCUCACUUUCAGGGCCUCAGUGUUUUCCAGGAACGAGCACCCUCAGAGCUGAAUUUGUGCUGUGCUUCCACAGAGCUGGGAGCUGCCCAUCUUGGUUACCAUUCUUAGGCUGUUUCAUUACUUUGGAACUCCAGGUAUUAGAGGGGACAUGAAAUAUUCACAUUUGCCAGUCAGACAACUUUCAGUCCUUUGGGAUAAAAUUUCACCUCUGUUCUAAUACUUUGGAGUAAUUGAAUUCAAAGUUGUUUUUAAAUUAUUUUUAAUUGGAGGAUAAUUGCUUUACAAUGUCAUAUCAGUUUCUGCUGUACAACGACGUGAAUCAGCCACAAGUAGACAUAUGUCCCUUCCCUGCUGAUGAAUUUGAUGUUUUUGUUUCUUGAAUUCUUUUGUUUGCCUAGAACAGUUAAAUAGCUGCUAAAUUCAGAAGCACUGUAGGAUUUUAAACAUCAUCACUGAACAAGAAAGCAAUA